GCUUGACUUUUAAUUUGACUGAGUCUUUUUUGCAAUUUUUUGGGGUGUUUUUUAUUUUUAUUUUCUUUCUAGUCAGAGGAACAGAUUCGGAUGGAAAAUGGGAGACGCCACCAAACUGGCCUUCGCCGUUUUCCUUAUCUCCUGCUCUUCAGGGGCCAUCCUGGGACGCUCGGAGACGCAGGAAUGCGCCUACUACAACUCCAGCUGGGAAAAGGAGCGCACCAACCGCAGCGGCAUCGAGCCGUGCUAUGGAGAGAAAGACAAGCGGCGGCACUGCUUCGCCACGUGGAAGAACGUGUCGGGCACCGUGGAGGUCGUCAAGCAAGGCUGCUGGCUGGACGACGUCAACUGCUACGACAGUAACGAGUGCGUGGAGAGGAAGGAGAGUCCAGACGUUUUCUUCUGCUGCUGUGAAGGCAACAUGUGCAACGAGAGGUUCCUGUACGCCCCUGAAGUGACCACGCCGGGCGACCAGCACCAUUCGACCGCCUACACCACCUCCAACCCAUUUUCCCCGAAGCCCCAGCUCUUCAGCACUCUGCUCUACUCGCUGGUUCCCAUCAUAGGCCUCGCCGCCGUCGUCCUCUUCUCUUUCUGGAUGUGGAGGCACCACAAACUGGCCUACCCGGCGGCCCUCGUCCCCACACAUGAUCCCGGGCCCUCGCCCCCGUCCCCAAUUCUGGGGCACAAGCCGCUGCAGCUGAUCGAGGUGAAAGCCAGAGGGCGUUUCGGGUGCGUGUGGAAGGCCCAGCUGCUGAACGAAUUUGUGGCCGUUAAGAUCUUCCCAAUUCAGGACAAGCUGUCUUGGCAGAACGAAUAUGAGAUCUUCAGCGUGAGCGGCAUGAAGCACGACAACAUCCUCCACUUUAUCGGCGCGGAGAAGAGGAGCAACAACCUGGACCUGGAGCUGUGGCUCAUCACCGCCUACCACGACAAGGUAACGCUGUCCGGCAGCACCACCAGCAACCUGCUAAAUUUAUUCCUUUAUUUACUGAGUCUUUUUUGUGUGUUUGUUUUAUAA